AUAUUUGAGUGGUGGUAUUUCAAGAAAUAUGGGACGUCUUUUAUAGAACAGGUAUCAUUGAACCAUAUAUCGCCACUUCUGGGCGGUGAACCUGCUACUACCACGGAGAAUGGUAACGGAGCUACGGCCAACGGGACUGCCAACGGCACAAGUAAUGGAAAUAAUAACACUCAAGGACAGCAAAGUAUGCCAGAGUGUAAAGUGUGGCGAAAUCCGUUGAAUUUAUUCCGAGGGGCUGAGUAUUUACGAUUUACAUGGAAGGCGAAUAAAGACCCGCUGACAUAUUAUGACAUGAAUCUUUCUGCGCAAGAUCAUCAGACGUUUUUUACCUGCGACGCUGAUGCCGGAAAACCGGAAUAUGAGAUUAUGCAGACAGCAUGGAGGGAAAGAAAACCACAGGCAAGAAUAAAGGCAGCAAAUGAUGCCCUAGAGAAAAAUUCAGAAUGUUCAACAGCCCUGAUAUUACUAGCUGAAGAAGAUGCUUCCACUAUAGUUGAUGCUGAGAAAUUAUUUAAACAAGCUUACAAAUAUGCUGAGGUCCAGUAUAAAAAAUCUCAACAAACACAGCACCAAGGUUCAACACAAGAGGCUAUUCAUAGAAGAGAUACAAAUGUGAUGGUAUAUGUUAAAAGAAGACUAGCCAUGUGUGCGAGGAAGUUAGGUCGUGUACGCGAGGCUGUCAAACUCAUGAGAGAGAUAAUGAAGGAGUUUCCCAUGCUCAGUAUGUUUAAUAUACAUGAAAAUCUUAUAGAGGCCUUAUUAGAACUACAAGCUUAUGCUGAUGUUCAAGUUGUACUUGCUAAAUAUGAUGAUAUCAGUUUACCUAAAUCAGCGGCUAUAUGUUACACAGCGGCUCUACUCAAAGCACGGGCAGUAGCAGACAAAUUUUCCCCUGAUAUAGCUAGUAAAAGAGGUUUAAGUACAGCAGAAAUGUCAGCUGUAGAAGCAAUACACAGAGCCGUAGAGUUCAAUCCUCAUGUAACCUAAGGUAAGUACCUUUUGGAAAUGAAAAGUCUUGUAUUACCACCAGAACAUAUCUUAAAGCGGGGAGACAGCGAGGCCCUGGCAUAUGCAUUUUUUCACUUACAACACUGGAAGCGGGUGGAGGGCGCUCUAAAUCUACUACAUUGUACAUGGGAAGGAACAUUUAGAAUGAUACCAUACCCAUUGGAGAAAGGUCAUCUAUUCUAUCCAUAUCCCACAUGUACAGAAAGUGCUGAUAGAGAGCUUCUACCUGUUUUCCAUGAGGUUUCAGUGUACCCGAAGAAGGAAUUGCCUUUCUUUAUCCUGUUUACAGCUGGAUUGUGCUCAUUCACAGCCCUUCUUGCAUUACUCACACAUCAAUACCCAGAGCCCAUGGGUAUAAUUGCUAAAACUGCAGUGACAUGGGUAUACAUGCCAGUUAGCUACGUUCUGGAGAAACUAGAGGCUAUACUACCGUCUAAUCUAUUCCAACAACUGUCUCGCAUAUAAACAGUUGAUGUUGUAAUUAUAGGAUUAAUUAAACACAUGGACACUUGUCUAAUACAUCAUAAUAUGUACUGUCACAAUACUAUAGAUCAUGUCUUAUUUUGCUAUUCUACAACAUUAUUGUUGAUGUUUUUCAAGUUGGUUGCUUAGGUAUCAACAUACCAAGCAAUAUUUCCUAGUUCAAACUUGAAUAUUACUAUAUACAAGGAUUUUAUAUAGAUUUUUGGGGGGUAAAAUCAAGUACAAAUGUCAUAAAUUUUAAAAAUAAAAAAGCAACAGAAAAGGGGCUUAUUCUAAAGUUAUGUCCCUUGAGAAAGUGUUUUAGUUAUUUAAGAAACCAACCAUAAAGAGUCUGGUUAAACUGCAUAAAUGAACAGGAUGGCCCGUUCUUACACUGGUAGCAAAAAAUCUUAGGCUGAGAUAUUCACCAGGAGCUCUAAAAGGGAUAAUUAGUUUUUUGGAGUUAUCAUUUGUUUUUUUGGAUAAGACAUGAUCUAUGAUAUUGUAUAGUAUACUUUGAUCACAAUGAUCUGAAAUACUUAUUUUUCCUAUUAGACAUGUAUGGAAUACAUGCUGUAAAAUUUGUUUUUAAAACAGUCUGUAAUGUAAAAUAUUUAAAUAAAAAUAUUAUUUUUGGCAAUAUUAUGAAAAAGAAUUGGACAAGGUUUGUUUUGUUUUUUUUCAAAUGUUUUUGAUGAAAUACUUAAGCUGUAAAAAGAACAAAGCAUUACACUGAGUUAAUCUGGAUUUACCUGUAUAAAUUUUGUACUAAUUUGCAGUAUUCAUAAAUGGCAAAGUUAAAUUUAUUGGCAUGAACAAAUUUGAUGAAGUUGCUUUGUAAUUAAAUACCCAUUCAUUGAUGCUUAGACAUUAAUGUUCACAAUGAGAUUGAAGUUGAAUGGUCAGCAUUAAUGUAGCUGGAUCAUUCGUAUCUUGAUUUUCAAGAUGGUGGCAUCAAUUCUCUACCAUUUUUACCAUCAUUCUACAGUCAACAUUCAGUUUACCCAGGGUACAUCAUUGACAUAACCCAUAAUACAUGGUUUAGUUUACACACAGUGUUUCUUGGUUUACCUGUAGUAAAUCAUUUAGUUUAUUAUGAUACAAACAUUACAUAAUCUGCUAUGUGCAAUUCUCAGCCCUUAUACAGCUUUUACACCCCAACAAGAUAACCAAUAGCAGUUGCUUCUCAUUUUGUGAACUGUCAUUGGUCAAGUUAAGACUUUAUUAUGGGAGUUAUCAUUGGUCAAGUUAAGAUGUUAUCAUGUGAACUAUCAUUGGUCAAGUUAAGACAUUAUUAUGGGAGUUAUCAUUGGUCAAGUUAAGAUGUUAUCAUUGGUCAAGUAAAGACAUUAUCAUUGGUCAAGUUAAGACAUUAUUAUGGGAGUUAUCAUUGGUCAAGUUAAGACAUUAUUAUGGGAGUUAUCAUUGGUCAAGUUAAGAUGUUAUCAUUGGUCAAGUUAAGACUUUAUUAUGGGAGUUAUCAUUGGUCAAGUUAAGAUGUUAUCAUUGGUCAAGUAAAGACAUUAUCAUUGGUCAAGUUAAGACAUUAUCAUGGGAGUUAUCAUUGGUCAAGUUAAGACAUUAUUAUGGGAGUUAUCAUUGGUCAAGUUAAGACAUUAUUAUGGGAGUUAUCAUUAGUCAAGUUAAGAUGUUAUUACAGGAGUUAUCAUUGGUCAAGUUAAGUCUUUAUUAUGGGAGUUAUCAUUGGACAAGUUAAGAUGUUAUCAUUGGUCAAGUGAAGACUUUAUUAUGUGAAUUAUCAUUGGUCAAGUUAAGACAUGAUUAUGGGAGUUAUCAUUGGUCAAGUUAAGAUGUUAUUAUGGGAGUUAUCAUUGGUCAAGUUAAGACCUUAUUAUUGGAGUUAUCAUUUGUCAAGUUAGACGUUAUUAUUGGAGUUAUCAUUGGUCAAGUUAAGACAUUAUUAUGGGAGUUAUCAUUGGUCAAGUUAAGACAUUAUUAUGGGAGUUAUCAUUGGUCAAGUUAAGUCUUUAUUAUGUGAAUUAUCAUUGGUCAAGUUAAGACAUGAUUAUGGGAGUUAUCAUUGGUCAAGUUAAGAUGUUAUUAUGGGAGCUAUCAUUGGUCAAGUUAAGACAUUAUUAUGGGAGUUAUCAUUGGUCAAGACAUUAUUAUGGGAGUUAUCAUUGGUCAAGUUAAGAUGUUAUUACAGGAGUUAUCAUUGGUCAAGUUAAGUCUUUAUUAUGUGAAUUAUCAUCGGUCAAGUUAAGACAUGAUUAUGGGAGUUAUCAUUGGUCAAGUUAAGAUGUUAUUAUGGGAGUUAUCAUUGGUCAAGUUAAGACCUUAUUAUUGGAGUUAUCAUUUGUCAAGUUAAGACGUUAUUAUUGGAGUUAUCAUUGGUCAAGUUAAGACAUUAUUAUGGGAGUUAUCAUUGGUCAAGUUAAGACAUUAUUAUGGGAGUUAUCAUUGGUCAAGUUAAGACAUUAUUAUUGGAGUUAUCAUUGGUCAAGUUAAGACAUUAUUAUGGGAGUUAUCAUUGGUCAAGUUAAGACAUUAUUAUGGGAGUUAUCAAUAGCAGUUCCUUCUCAUUCUGUGAAUCUUUGGUCAAAUUAAGACAUUAUGUUUCAUUAGUGAAGCAAAUAUUCUUACAUUUAAGUUACAAUGUUUAGCACAUCAUUUCUGAGGCAAUUUUUCAAAGGUAAGGGUGUUGGUACAUAAAGUUCCCUGGUAAGGAAAUUGUCAAAAAAUUAUUACCCAUUUUUUCAACUAUGAGACAUGUUAGAAAUCUUUCACAAGUGAGAGAAACUAAUAAUAUGGUUCACUCAUGAGUCAAGAUGGAUAAAGAAAAAUUGUACAUGUGACAAAAGGUUAACAUAAAUUUUCACAUACUUAGUAAUUUUUAAGGUCAACCAUUCAUUCAGCUUGUAAUUCACAAAAUAAACCAUGAACAGCUUUUAAUUCAUUACAUAAAUCAUGAUUUUUUUUUCACUGAGUAAAUUAUUAAUGACUGGUAAUUCAUGAAAUAAACCAUGCUUGUGGUUUGUGAAGUAAACUAUUGGUAGUUUGUAAUUCCUGAAUUUUACCAUGGGUAGCUGACAAUUCAUGAAGUUAACGAUGGGUUACUUGUAAUUCAUGAAGUUAACAAUGAAUAGCUUGUAAUUCAUGAAAUAAACCAUGGCUAGCUUGUAAUUCAUGAAGUUAACUAUUAAUGGCUUGUAAUUCAUGAAAUAAACCAUUGGUAGCAUGUAAUAUGAAGUAAACUAUUGGUUGCACAAAUUUGACUCAUAGUUUCAACAAAGAUAAUUUAUCAGUGUUAAGAUCUCCAGUUAGCAAGUAGAUAGUUAUGAACUAGUCACUCACAGUUUUCACUAAAAGUUGCCCAUGAGUGUGUUAAAUAACAGUGAGCACUGCUAUGGUUAAAUAACAGUGAUCACUGCUAUGGUUAAAUAACAGUGAACACUGCUAUGGUUAAAUAACAGUGAACACUACUAUGGUUAAAUUACAGUGAACACUACUAUGGUUAAAUAACACAGACAGUUUCAGCCAUCAUAAUUUAUUUGUUCAUGCAUUUCUUCAUAUGUUUGAAAAGGGGAAAGGGAUUUUUUUAACAUUUAGAAAUUUUAA